AUUCGUCAAAAUGUGACAGUUCGCCGGUAAAAAGCCGCCAUUUCAAAACAAAAAGGCUGGUUUAACCGCGCGGUACUGGAACUAGUCUUGCGUUUUUCAGCACUGGCGGCUAGAGAUUCGUUUAAGAAGACGGAGUUGUCACAAGUCCCUGGAGAACAGAAGUAACAGCACUGGCGGCUAGAGAUUCGUUUAAGAAGACAGAGUUGUCACAAGUCCCUGGAGAACAGAAGUAACAGCACUGGCGGCUAGAGAUUCGUCUAAUAAGACGGAGUUGUCACAAGUCCCUGGAGAACAGAAGUAACAGCUGGCCGUCAUGGCAGAAGGUAAAUUCGCAGCCUCCCUCUGUGACGCUCUGGAGAGUAUUUGUGGCGAGCUGCCAACAGAAGUAAAGGCAUAUUUGGCGACGAGGAUUAAUGAGAUUCUUCAGCUCGGAGUCAACAGUGUAGAAAACGUGAUCAACGACACGGUUAUUCCAUAUCUUGCUGAGUUUUUAGGCGCCUUUUAUAGAGCUAACGUUGAGACCAUACUCAGGAAUGUCUCAAGCCCAAUUUGUCAAAUAUUGCGGACCUAUUUGGAGAACGGAUGCAUUGAGAGCGCCAAAGUGGAGAUGCAAAAUCUCCCAUCAGCUGUUCUUAAGAAUGUUCUGAAGGCUUUCCAAGCUGAAUCGUUGAAUAAUUUACUGAGACUGACAUUAAAAGUAGCGAAAGCCAAUUCACUCCAGGAGCUGCUGCUGCUAGUAACUAACGACAUCAUACUUCCUGAGUUAAGAAAGACCUUCCUAACCGCUAUCGAUGCAUCCAUGAGUACAUUGAAUCCUAACAAGAUCGUUCAAGUCUUUGACGGUUACGUGCACAAAGAUGUUUUGCGCUACCUGAGACCAAGACUAGUAAAUGCGCUCCAAAAAAUAAAGAAUCUUACUCAUGUGGGAGUGAAGAGAGUUGCUAGCAGAAGUAUUAACCACAUCUCACAUCUCUCAAGAAAAUCUGCAACAGCUUAUGACGAAGGCAAGCUAAACCUUCUCAGAAUGACCGACCUCCUGUUUGAUCUGAUCAAUGCCGUGUGGACAGACGUAAGUCACGAAGCAAGAGGAGUUGUCAUUGACAUCUGCCGGGUUUUUCACGAGAAAUUCAGAGCUGCAGGAAAUCUGGCUGUCACGGAGUAUUUGACACCGGCACUGAUCGAGUUUAUCCAAACCCAUCUGGGGUUAUCGGCCGAAAAGCAGCUCAAGGCGAUGGAACCAUUUUUUGUCUCAACUGUCGAUGACUUUAUAAGAACGGGAAGAAUUCCAGAAAAAGACGAGAUUCUUGAAAAAGCCAAAGAGUACAUUCCUGAUUUGAUGAUAACAACACUGCCUGGAACAUCCUCGCAGACGACCAAGGCUAUCGGCAUUGUUGUUACAGAGUCUACAAGAGCUACCUUGUAUGGAAAUGGUGGCGUAGUCGACGUACUCAAGGAGACCACGGUGCCUGUGGCACUGAGCGAGUUCGUCGCGCCAAAUGCAUCUCUUGACACGAAGAGAUUGAUCAAAGAGACUUCAAGAAAUCUCAUACGAUUAGCAAACCAAGGCCAAUCUCUUUCAAUUCAGGGUUUCCUGCACUCAUUUGUUGAUGAAAUUCCAGACAAACUGCUGUCAGAAAAACAUCGCAAAUUCCUCCUUGAGCGCCUUGAUGAAUGUAUUGAAGAUAUGCCCCCCAUUGCUGACAAGGUCAUGGAGUUUGUGGCGCGUCACAUGCUUCCUAUCCUAGCAGCGCAUUUCUCCACAGACAGGUUCACCAUUCUUGCAUUUGUCUUCCAAGUUACCUACGAGAUUGUUUUCUGCAAAGGUGGGAGUUUACGGGGACGGGAUUUUAUCAAGCCUGUGAUUUCAAAGGCCGUCAUGGGUGUGACAAAGACUGGAAUGCACUAUGGAAUCACAGCUUUGGUAGAGUAUAGUGUCAAGACAACUGGCAAAUGUGUUGUGAAGCAAUCUUCGAAAAAUGUAGGCAUCGCCACAGGGAAAGCUGUUUCAAAAGCCACAAGAAAAGCGCUGGAAAUGGCUGGAAGAAAAUUAAUGAGGAAUUCAGGAGAGAAAAUAGUGACUGGCUCCUUAACUCUGGGAGGUCAGGUUUUUGUGACAAAAAGUGCUGUUCGUGCAACGGGGUUUGUCGCAAGGGAACUCAACAAGAAAUCCAUAGGGAUAGCGAUGAAACUGAUGACUACUGAGUUAGCAACAGCUCUGGGUACAACGACGGUGGAACGAUUACUUCAAGAAACAACUAUAGGAGCUGGCCGAGAAUUAAGCAAGCAUACAAUGAGAAACUUGCAAAAGGAAGUGGCGAAGAAGGCAUAUAAAGAAUUCGGAAAGACGUUCAUGAAAGUGGGAAAAGAAACGGCGGAAAACAUUCUUCCACAGACUGGACAAAAAGCAGCUGAGGAAUUUAGCAGAAUAUUUUUCCGAAGGAUGGCACAUAAGGCAGCCAAGAAAUCUGCAAAACGAUUGGCAAAGCGUGCUAUCAAGGAAGCAAUGAAAACGACCAGCAAAGUUGCCGAGGAAACAACGAAGACGCUGGGGAAAGCUUCUGUUGCCACAGGUCAGGGCACAAAUGUCAUAGCACAGGGAGUGAAACAAACGUCUAAAGUUAUAGAAAGUGGUGUUGAUGACGUUGGGAGUGCGGUUGCCAACGGCGCAUCCAAGGCCUCUAGGAAAACGGUCUCCAACGUGGCAUUUAAAGCUGCCGCAAAGGCAGGCGCGGUAGCCGCCGUGACAUCUGCCAUAGUCGGAGGGGCAUUCUUUUACAAGGACAUGAAGGAGUUGAAGAAAGCAAGAGAUGAAGGAAAGAUGGACGGCAAGAAGUACAGGUGCAAGAGAAAUGGCCGUAUCGCGGAGUACGCAACGGAUGUGGUUUCCUCGGGUGCUGUUGCUACAGGACUUGCUUUGGCAGGCUUGUCUGGCCCGGCAGGGUGGGCCGCCAUAGCAGGAGGGAUGGUCGCCUGUUCUGGUCUGAGUUUCCUCGGUAAUAAGGCUGUAGCAUGGAUUACUGACAAAGUUGAAGAGUGAAAGUAGAAAUAAUAACACUUUUAUUUCUUGAGUUUCCUCGGCAAUAAGGCUGGAGCAAGGAUUACUGACAAAGUUGAAGACUAAAAGUAGAAAUAAUAACACUUUUAUUUCUGAGUUUCCUCGGUAAUAAGGCUGUAAUGGAUUACUGACAAAGUUGAAGAGUGAAAGUAGAAAUAAUAACACUUUUAUUUCUGAGUUUCCUCGGUAAUAAGGCUGUAAUGGAUUACUGACAAAGUUGAAGAGUAAAAGUAGAAAUAAUAACACUUUUAUUUUUGAUUUUCUUCGGUAAUAAGGCUGUAGCAAGGAUAACUGACAAAGUUGAAGACUAAAAGUAGAAAUAAUAACACUUUUAUUUCUGAGUUUCCUCGGUAAUAAGGCUGUAGCAUGGCUUACUGACAAAGUUGAAGAGUGAAAGUAGAAAUAAUAACACUUUUAUUACUCAAUUCCCACAAUAUCAAUAGAACUGUUAGCAAAAAUACAACCCCCGAAUAACUCUUAAAAUCUGAUACGAUAAAAUCGCUGUCUCUUGAGUAAAAAAAAAUCUGUAAGUGGCAUGUAUACAUAACAUUGUAUUGAUUAAAUCUGAUACGAUAAAA